CCAAUUGCACAACUACAGGAAAUGCCGAAUCUCUGGAAUGGCUGUUGCGGAAUUACGCCGGGAAUCCGUCACACGAUUUGACUACUUCAAAGCAACUUGUAUCAAUUACAAGUGGAGCAAAUGACCAAAGGGUUGGUGUGACAGGGGGUUGCUCGUGGCAACAAUUCCACUGGAGAUGAUCACCCAACUCGCUUGCUCUCCUCAGCUUUAUGGAGGAUCUUUGGAAGAAGACAGAUAAGCCCCCACAGGACUUAUUUUUCAUUCAAUACUGUGCUGAAAAGAGUGGGGACGAGUUGCCGUCUCUAUUCAGUGCUUUAUUCAUGUAAAGAAUGUCCAACAGCUGCUUUAAACGUCUGUGUUUUUUUUCUGUUCAAACAUAUCCAAACCGUUAACUGCAUCGUCGUAACAGCCCUACGUGUUCGCGUUGUUGUCGCACUUUGAUCCUGGCAACGCAACCCGGGCAACUGGGCGACGUUGCCUCCGGGGGUUGCCGCUCGGUUCCGGAGGAGGAGGAGGAGGGAGAACAUUGGGGAGGAUGGAGAUGCGGCGUAAGAGCUGAGGACGGAUAGACUCCGGUGUUGCCCUGCUAGAAACGUCCACGGCGACGGGAGGGUGAUGUGUGAGUAAGAGACCGUUAAUCCGCGGGGGACGGUGCGCAUUUGUGAGAUGUUUCAAGCCACAGAGCUGAUAACCAAAUUGCCUUCCGCCACCGAGAGAUAGCUGGUCUGCCGGAUGGAGACCCAGGAGUAAUGACAGCGACACCCAAGAUGCACCGGACCGGCGGAUUCGUUUCUCUUGUCCUGGCGUCCCUCGCCGUCUCCCACGCCGCCGGGGCCUUCUCGGGGGACACGUACGGAAACCGCACGGAAAACGGCAACGCGACGGAGGCCGGCUUCGUCCCGGUCGUGUUCACCAAGGUGAACCAGAUAAUUGCCCGGGAGGGGAGCUGCGCCGUGAUUGAUUGCAAUGUCACCGGAGAGCCGUUCCCCAGUGUCCAGUGGUUCAACUCCCAUGGAGAGCGUCUGGACACUGAGAUGAACGGGGAGAAGUGGUGGCUGCUGGACACCGGCGUCCUCAACAUCACAGGCAUUGAGUUUGCCGACCGCGGGAAGUACACGUGCAUGGCGUCCAACGCGCACGGCAGUUCCAACUGCACGGUGACGCUGCGUGUGGUCAUCACCAAAGGUGACAUGGGCGUUUACUACAUGGUGGUCUGCCUGGUCACCUUCACCAUCAUCAUGGUGCUGAACGUCACGCGCCUCUGCAUGAUGAGCAGCCACCUGAAGAAGACGGAGAAGGCCAUCAACGAGUUCUUCCGCACCGAGGGCGCCGAGAAGCUGCAGAAGGCGUUCGAGAUCGCCAAGCGCAUCCCCAUCAUCACCUCGGCCAAGACGCUGGAGCUCGCCAAGGUGACGCAGUUCAAGACCAUGGAGUUUGCGCGGUACAUCGAGGAGCUGGCGCGCAGCAUCCCGCUGCCGCCGCUCAUCAUGAACUGCCGCACCUUCAUGGAGGAGAUCCUGGAGGUGGUGGGGGUGGAGGAGAUGAGGCACACCUUCGUCCGCGCGGCGCCCGAGGGAUGCCGCGACACGGUCAGCAGGGCCAUCGGCGGCAGGGACGUCUUCACCAUCCUGCAGGAGAGGGAGAUGGGGCGGGAGCGCAGCGAGUCUCCCGCCGCCGACUCGGACAACUCGUCGGUCCAGGAGCAGCCGCAGCACAUCGCCAUCCAGGUGUCGGUCCACCCGCAGCUCGCCGUCACCAGCUACUGCAGCAUCGAGGCUCCGGCUCCGCCAGAGGCGGCACCCUCCUCGCCUCCUCCCCCGUCCUCCCCCCCGCCGACGACCGCGCCCGUCGACCACGAGGAGCAGCCCGAGGAGGAGGGAGAGGAGGAGGCGGAGCAGGCGGAGCAGGACGUCGAGGAGGAGGCGGCGGCGGCGCCGGAACCGACAGAAGCAAACGACACCCCCCCGUGUCAGGUGUUUUACGAGAGCCACGUGUGACGAGCUAAACCCAGCGAGUUGUCCUGCUAUGCAUUUCCACUUAAAGAUGAAAAAAAGAAGAAGGGUCAACGAAACAUUUUUUAAUUUGACAUUUUGGAGAAAAACAAUCACAUUUUUAUUCAUCCUUUCCCAAGCGUAACAAUCUCUUGAAACCUUUUUCCUGAGAAUAAAUCAUGAGGGUUUUUUAGACACCUGAGCAGGUUGUUCACUCUGGACUAGCUUGAAUGUACUUGAGAGGGGUAAUCAAUAAUAUUAGCAAUGCAAUUAGCAGUGAUUUGUAGAGAGACAUAGCUCAGACGAUUAUUUAAAGAACACGGGCGCUUGACUCAAAGGGGGAAAAUGAAUCUUCAGCUUUUAGUCUCCCACACUGCUCGGGGUUUUAUGUUCAUCACCAGAAAUCUGCCUCAAGCUGCUCUCUCCGUGUCGCUUUCCUCUCUGAACCCCGAAAGCUUCCUCAAACCGCUGCUGCGAGGUUUCAGGCGCUGUUAUCGCACGACAUCCUGCUCACAGAGAGAUGCAUGCUGGACCGAGAGAGACGGAUAGUUUGGUCACCAUUUCAUGAUUGUUCGGCUUCCUGUAAGUAGGCCAGGUAAAUCUGUGUGUGUGUGUGUGUGUGUGUGUGUGUGUGCAGUAUAUAUCCCAACCGGGUCAAACAGGCCUCUGGGUAGAGUUUUUGUCUGUUUCCUUUCAAAUAUUUUAAGAGUAUUAUUCCUACCCGUCGUGGUGUGGUUUUGUUCUUGGCUAGUUUAAGGAGCUUUUAAAAUACAGUUUGUCUUCUUUCAUCCUCAGUAUAGAAGAGUGGCUUUCUUUGUCUCUCCGUGCAGUUUAGGUUUUUGAUUUAAACCCCUCACUCGAUCUCAGCAUCGUGUCGCCUCUGCAGAAGCUUCCGUGUACAGCUGCAUUCCUGCUGCAUGUGUAGGUGGACACACUCAAAGGACUCUUUUCUUUGCCCGGCUCACGCUCCAGUCCGGUAGUGGUGAUGAACUGGAUGCUCUCCUGCUUUUUUCUGGUCUUCGUGAGAUGGCUUCUUUUCUUUCUUUUUUUUUUUGUAGUGGAAUAAAAUAAAAGUGCUGUGC